AUGAAGCUUGACCCUAAGGCGCUUCGCUACCUGACCACUGAGGAUUUUAAGGUCCUUGCCGGGGUUGAAGCCGGCAGUCGCAACCAUGAAGUCGUCCCCACCCCGCUGAUUGUGCAGCUCUCCGGCCUCCGAGGUGGCAGCGGCGUGCAUCGUUCCAUCUCGAACCUGGCCAAGAUCAACUUGAUUGCCAAAGUAAAGAAUGCCAAGUAUGACGGCUACAGACUUACCUAUGGUGGACUGGAUUACUUGGCCAUGAAUGCGCACCAGAAGCAAAAGGUCGUUUACUCUGUUGGCAACCAAGUUGGUGUGGGCAAGGAAUCAGACAUCAUCGUGGUUGCACACAGCAGUGGAGAGCAGCGCAUUUUGAAAAUUCACCGCUUGGGUCGUAUCUCCUUCCGCACCGUCAAGACGAACCGCGACUACCUACGACACCGCAUCUCAGCAUCAUGGAUGUACAUGUCACGACUGGCCGCAAUGAAGGAAUUUGCGUUCAUGAAGGCCCUCCGUGAGAAUGGCUUCUCAGUUCCCGAACCUAUCGCCCAGAACCGACACACUAUCGUCAUGAGUCUGAUCGAUGCCUUCCCGCUCCGCCAGAUCUCCAAGGUCCCCAACCCACAAGCAUUAUACUCGGAAUUGAUGGAUAUCAUCCUGGAGCUAGCACGUUUUGGUCUGAUUCACGGUGAUUUUAACGAGUUUAACCUCCUCAUCAAGGAAGAGGUGGAUGAAAAGGCCAAAGAGAAAUACACCCCGGAUACCAAAUUGGAUGAUGUGGCAGAUGAGGAUAUCCGGCUGGUUCCGGUGCUCAUUGAUUUCCCCCAGAUGGUCUCUAUUGACCAUAUGAAUGCCGAGAUGUACUUCGACCGUGAUGUGAACUGUGUCAAGCGGUACUUCCAGCGCAAGUUCCACUUCGUGAGCGAUGUUCCUGGUCCCACCUUCGCCCAGGCUAGGAAGAAGUUCAUCAAAAACCCUGGCAAGCGGCUGGAUGUGGAGGUUGAGGCAUCAGGCUUUUCAAGAAAGAUGGCGCGCGAGCUUGAGAAGUAUAUGCAGGAAGUUGGUGUGGACGGGGAUGCCGGCUCUAGAGAAGAUGGUGAUGAAGAUGAAGGAAGCAGCGACGAAGAUGAGGACGAAUAUGAAGAGUCUGGCUCAGAAUCAGAAGAGCCUAGUAAGGACAAACAGCCGGAGCAAGCUGACGAGGACGUGGGUGAGAGCUCACGACGACUCGAAGACUUGCAUGUCUCGGGGCCAUCUGGGCAAUGA